AUGGCUGAAGCACUGGGCGUUGUCGCGAGCGCGAUCGCAGUCAUCCAAAUCUCCAAAGAAGUAAUCAGCGCUUGCAAAUUCUACAUUGAAGCACUCCGUUCCGAUGCGCCUACCAGUUUACGCACCGUGUUAAUCGAAGCAUCCACACUCAAGUCCGUCCUAGAGAACCUAGAGUUCAUAUCGAAAUGCGAGACCUUUACACCUGCGUUGCAGAAUCGAUUAGCAGCUUCUGACGGUCCUAUCGAAGGGUGUAGGGCUGCGAUGACAGCAUUGGAGAAGUUGUUUCCGAAACAAUCGCUUCAGAGCGGACAGAACACUUCAAAACGUCAGAGAAUCCAAGCAGCAUUUUCAACGUUGGCAUGGCCUCUGAAGCAGGGCCAGGUUCAAGAUCUCCUUCAGCAGAUCAGCCGCCACAAGAAUGGCAUCCAGCUCGCUUUGACAACAGAGGUUACAAAAGAUAUCAAAGAUAUAAAAGGUGUUUCUGAAGAGAUCCGCUCCAUCUUGACGGAGGAGCAACGCCAUAGAGUGUGCAACUGGCUCAGAUCCACCGAUCCCUCACCAAUUCAUAAUCGAUCGUGCAAACUAUAUGAAGAUGGAACUGGAAGCUGGAUGCUUCGCUCACAGCACUGGAAUGACUGGCUGGCUUCAAGUACUCGAUGUCUUUGGGUCCACGGUAUUCCAGGUUCUGGAAAGACGAUUCUCGCAUCUUGGCUAAUCGAAAACGUCCAAAGCCAUUGCAAAAGAGUUUCAACAGAGAAAUCACCCUGUGUGAGUGCUUACUACUACUGUUACUUCGGCCACCAUCAGGACGAGGCGGCCCCGUUUCUAAGAUGUGUCAUCACUCAGCUCUCCCGCCAGGCAGACGUUAUUUCGACUUUAACACACGAUCUUUACAAACGCGGGGGAGAACCGAGCAUUUCUGAACUGCUUGGUGCGCUAGCACAGCUCCUCCUGGUGCUUAGUGGCGUGUACAUUGUGAUUGAUGCUGUCGAUGAGAGUGACCCUCGUGAGGAACUCCUUGAGGUCAUUGGGACUCUCGUCACUGACCAAAGGUUUUGCAAUGUUCAGAUCCUUGUCACGAGUCGUGAGUAUAUCGAUAUCGAACGAGCGAUGGAAAAAGUGUCCGUGUCCGUGCCAAUGUCGAAUGAACUGGUUGAACAGGAUAUUCGCUUUCAUUUUCAGUCAAUCCUACGAUCAAACCCAAAGUUCCAAUGCUGGCCUGAUGAUCUUCUCGUUGAGAUUGAAGACGCUAUUAGUACUAAGGCAAAGGGAAUGUUUCGGUGGGCCGUCUGUCAAUUGCACGAAUUGCAGCGCUUGAAGAGCGAUCGCGAGGUGGUUAGCAAAGCUCUGAAAAGACUUCCUAAAGAUCUAGAUGAGACUUACGACCGGAUAUUUCUCCGGAUACCACGAGAGGAUUGGCAAUUCGUGUGUCAUGCUUUUCAGUGGCUUUGGUUCUACGGCGAGCUCGACCGUCCAUAUAACGGUACGCCAUCUGUUCGUCUCUUGGAUGCAAUUAAAAGCAGUACAUUGCGGACAGAUAAUGACAACAGCCAUGUUCUCUACAACUCAGAGAGACUACGGGAACUUUGUGGAUGUCUUAUUAGCAGCCUGGAAGACUCUAUAUCCUUCGCCCACUACACCGUCAAGGAGUAUCUGGACUCGGCCCGAAUAUGUCAAAGCCCGCUCGUCGUCUUUUCCACCAAGAAGCACAAGGUACUAUCCACAUGUUUGGAUGUCUUGUUGCUCCAGGCACAAAAAUGUGCAUCACAGGAUCUCAAAAACCUCCAAGCCAGAGCCCAUUUGCAAUUGGACAAGCCUGAUAUGUGGAGUAACAUGGACUUUCAUUCUGUUCGUCAAGCAAUGAAAUCACUCCUAAUGUGGGGCGAAGAGGUAUCUGAGAGCGAUGACCUUUAUAGGCAAAUGAAGAGGCUUCUACAUCCCUCCACACAGUACUUGAGGUGCCUCGACAGACUUCAUGUUGAUGGCCAGAAAGAGGAAUGGUCUGAAUUUUUCCGAGAUAAAGCAGUUUCUGAAGCUAAAUUUGCUUGGACUAUCGACUGGAAUGAACAACUUACAGAUAUUGAUGCAUCUUUGUUUCUGGGCCUGCUUCUCAUGACCGGCGAUCCAGAAUCACCACUAUUAUCCAGAUUCAUCAAGGAGGUGGAUACCAAAGCACUUUUCACUAACAGGGUACUAGUCAAAGUGAAGAGUGCUUUUUACACUCGUGACACGAUGGGAAAUUGGAAACGUAGUGUCGGAAUAUUCGAGCUUGAUGGACUACUAAUUGAAAUAGUAGUUCAAUUCUUUACCUCAACAUCAAGUCAGCUUCACAAUUUGCUGGUUAACUACACUGGGCUAUACAAUCCUUCUACAACCCUUAUCUAUUUCAUAACCCAGCAUGGACCACUGCCCCGGUCAGACUUUACACAUGAGCCUGAUUACUUCUGUCCGCUGCGACAUCUGUUGGAAGUUGGUGCUCAACCCAAUCUUGCAGGCUAUCCCAUCACGCCACUGCAGAUAGCUGUUGCAGCUCGGAACCUGGAAGGGGUUCGUUUACUAUUGCACUUUGGGGCCGAUCCAAAUUAUAUUGGCGAUCCGCUGGGUAGCCCCUGGCCAACAAAUAGCCAGAUGGCCAGGUUUAAACGAUUUAAGGGCAUGUCGCCACUUCACAUUUGUAGAAGUGGUGAAGUUCUGUGCUUUUCAUUGGAUUCUGUUCCUGGCACCAUCGAAACGCCAACGAAAGCUAUCCAGCAGCUGCUCCUUGCAUAUGGUGGGAAGGACUUCCAGUAG